GGGUGUGCUGGGUGCGCAGUGCGAGCAGCGGCCCGGAACCGCCGUGCCGUCGGACAGGGUUGUUGCUGUGAGUCUUCUAGGUUGUGCCUCCUGCAGGGCUGUGGGGCAAGGUAAACUGCUCCUGGGCACCAUAGUGUUGGCUAGUCUGGCACCAAGGGGGCCUGCGUAGGGCCCUCCCCAUUCCCUGAAGAUAGAAAGCCAGGAGGAGUACCCAAUGGUACAGAAUCAGAAGACGUGGCCUUGUGACUUUAGAUGACAGAAAGAAAAGGCCAGGCAGAAGAAACUCACUGAGCCAUCCUGUCUGCUCUGCUCCAUGUUGGCUAUGCUAGCAGGCUGGCACCAUGCCCCCCCCUGCAGAGGUGACGGACCCGUCCCAUGCCCCUGCUGUCCUGCGUCAGCUCAAUGAGCAGCGGCUCCGUGGCCUCUUCUGUGAUGUCACCCUCAUAGCUGGAGACACCAAGUUCCCUGCUCACCGCAGUGUCCUGGCUGCUUCUAGUCCCUUCUUCAGAGAAGCCCUACUAGCUUCAGCUUCACUGCCCCUCCCACCAGUUACUGGGGCCUCAGCUCCCAACCCUGCAACCACCACAGCUGCCUCUUCCUCCUCUUCCUCUUCCUCCUCUUCCUCUUCCCCUCCAGCCUCUCCCCAUGCUUCAUCCCCACCCCGGGUUCUGGAGCUGCCGGGAGUCCCGGCAGCUGCCUUCUCUGAUGUUCUCAACUUCAUCUACAGUGCCCGGCUUGCGCUCCCAGGUGGUGGAGGGGAUGGGGCAGCUGUGGCAGAGAUUGGAGCUCUGGGGCGGCGUCUGGGUAUAUCCCGCCUACAGGGCCUGGGGGAAGGAGGUGAUGCCUGGGUACCUCCUGCCCCAGUCCCCAUGGCCACCUCACAGCCUGAAGAGGACAGUUUUGGGCCUGGGUCUAUGCCAGAUGGAGAGUGGGAGGGUGACAAAGCUGAGGCCCAGGCUCCUGACUCACAGCCCUCCUUGCCCCGGCCACGGUCCCUUCCCUGCCCUCGAUGUGGAAAAAGUUUCAUCCAUCCCAAGCGGCUGCAGACCCAUGAGGCCCAGUGUCGUCGGGGGUCCAACAAUCGAGGGUCUACAGGGCUGGGAGCUGGGGGCUCUGGCCCUGGUGGUCCUGGAGGAGUGGAUGCCUCAGCUCUGCCCCAACCAGUGGGCUUCCGAGGUGGCCCUGAGCACGUGGUGAAGGUGGUAGGCGGCCAUGUGCUCUAUGUGUGUGCGGCCUGUGAGCGUUCCUACGUGACCCUGUCCAGCCUGAAGCGGCACAGCAAUGUACACUCAUGGCGGAGGAAGUAUCCCUGCCGCUACUGUGAGAAGGUGUUUGCCCUGGCUGAGUACCGCACCAAGCACGAGGUGUGGCACACCGGGGAGCGCAGGUACCAGUGCAUCUUCUGCUGGGAAACCUUUGUCACCUAUUAUAACCUGAAGACCCACCAGCGAGCCUUCCAUGGCAUUAGCCCGGGCCUCCUAGCCAGUGAGAAGACACCCAAUGGAGGUUACAAGCCCAAGCUUAAUACCCUCAAGCUGUACCGCCUGCUCCCCAUGCGGGCAGCCAAGCGGCCCUACAAGACCUACAGUCAGGGAGCCCCUGAGGCCCCCCUUUCUCCAAGCCUCCACACACCGGCCCCUGCAGCAAUGCCAGCCAGUCCCCCACCCCGACCCCCACCUGCCCCAGAGCCUGGCCCACCCCCCUCUGUCAUCACCUUUGCUCACCCAGCUCCCUCUGUCAUUGUCCAUGGGAGCAGUAGCAGUGGUGGAGCUGGGGGUGGGCCAACCAACACAGGAGGGUCCCAAGCUGCCUCAGUCAUCACUUACACUGCUCCCCCAAGACCUCCCAAGAAACGAGAGUACCCACCUCCUCCCCCUGAACCUACACCAACACCCACCAGCCCAGCCUCCACCGCCAUCAGCCCAGCCACAGCCGCUGGGCCAGCCACGGCCACAGAGGAGGUCAAGGGCCGGAAUCUGCGGGCUGGGAGGACUCUGACUUACACAGCUAAGCCUGUGGGUGGGGUUGGCGGGAGUGGGGUUUCUCCCACAGGGACAGGCCGAGGCUCCGCUCAGCUACAGGCUCCACCUCCACUGUGUCAGAUCACUGUGCGAAUUGGGGAAGAGGCCAUCGUCAAGCGCCGCAUUUCAGAAACUGACCUGCGCCCCGGCGAGCCGAGUGGAGAGGAGGUAGAGGAGAGUGAGGAGGAGGAGGAGGAGGAAGAAGAGGAGGAGGAGGAAGAGGAGGAGGAUGACCAGGAGGAAUCAAAAGCUGGUGGUGAAGAUGAGCUCUGGAGGCCCUACUAUUCAUACAAACCUAAGCGCAAGGCUGGAGCAACUGGUAGUGGGGGCAGUGGGAACAGUGGGGUGCCUCGAGGACGAAGACCAUCACGUUGGAGGCAGAAGCUGGAACGGAGGGGCUGGGAGGAGACCCCAGCAGUGGAGGGCCCUGGAGGGCGUGCUCGUGGUGAGCGGAGGCACCGCUGUGGGGACUGUGCCCAGACCUUUGCCACCCUGAGGAAGCUGCGAAAGCAUCAGGAGGCCCACAGUGGGGGCUCCCACAGUUCCAGGACUGGACGAAGGUCUUCCACCCGCCUCACCUGUCCCCAUUGUGCCAAGGUGUGCAAGACGGCAGCUGCCCUGAGCCGACAUGGGCAGAGGCAUACUUCUGAGCGACCCGGGGGCACCCCCACACCUGUCAUUGCCUAUUCCAAGGGCAGCAUUGGCACCAGGCCUAGUGAUGUCAAGGAGGAAGCCCCCCAAGAGAUGCAAGUAUCCUCAUCCAGUGGGGAGGCAGGUGGCGGGAAUGCUGCUGCUGAGGAGGCUCCUGAGACUGCUUCACUGCAGGAUCCUGUCAUCUCCGGGGGUGAGGAGCCCCCAGUAGCAGGUGGGGGCAGUUAUGUGUACCCACCUGUGCAAGAAUUCCCACUGGCCCUGAUAGGGGGCAGUCGGGAACCCAGCGGUGGUAGAGGAAAACCUGGGAGUGAGGGACCAGUGGGAGCUUCAGAGGGAGAUCGGAUGGAGGGGAUGGGGACUGCCAAAGUCGCUUUCUACCCCGAGCCCUACCCACUUGUCUAUGGCCCCCAGCUCCUUGCUGCCUACCCUUACAACUUUAGCAACUUGACUGCUCUCCCAGUUGCUCUCAAUAUGGUCCUACCUGAUGAGAAGGGCGGGGGGGCCCUUCCCUUCCUACCAGGGGUCUUUGGUUAUGCAGUGAAUCCUCAAGCAGCACCCCACACUCCACCAACUCCACCUCCUCCAACUCUUCUUCCACCAGUUCCCCCAAAGGGAGAAGGGGAAAGAGCAGGGGUUGAGAGAACCCAGAAGGGAGAUGUGGGGUGAGUUCUAGGGUCAAAUACCCCCUUCACCAGAUGCUACCCUCCCUGAGCCCUCCACCACUAUCAGCUCCCUGGACUCCUUGCCCCUUGGGAGCCCCGCCACACUCGUGCAGGGAUUUGGGAACCCCUGGAGCUCAGGGGUCAGGCUACUUUGUGUGAGAUUGUAGUUUUCCCAUCUCCUGGGAAGGGAUCUUUGGUGGUUCCCCUCUCAGUCUUCUCCAGGGAAUGGCCCCCAUGAGGGGAAGGGUCAGCUCUCAUCCCUUCUCCAGCCCUUGGGGGCAACUGAGCAAUAUACUUAUCUGAAUCUCUACUCACAGCCCCCACCAGCUCUGAAUGUCUAACCUGUUCCCCUGAUUUGUAAACCUAGGGGAAAACUAUCUCUCUCUCACCUAAGGAUGCCUGCUCGUUCUGAAGCUUUCUCUAAGUCCUUUCCCAGAUGCUUCCUAGCACAUUCCAUUCUUUAUGGCCCAGGGCCUGGACCAGACCAUUGUGAUAUCUGACCCACUGGCCUGAAAGCAUGGCUUUGGAUUCCGUUCUUCCCAAGGGUGGGUUUCUCUGUCCUUGUUUCUUUGACAUUAAGAUGCCAUGCUUUCCUUGGCUUCCAUGCCUUUGGAUCUUCCAUAUUCCUUCCUGUGCUCCUAGAUUUUGGAGACGACCUAACCCAAUCCAGGCCAAAAGGAGGUAGGAGGUGUCCCAUGGCUGAGCACUUUUCUAGUACAGGGCAGGGAAAUCUUGGCCCUACCUUGACCCCCAAAUCCAGUGACCCCAGAUUCUUCCAAGGCAAAAGAGAUGAAUAGAUCUCUUCCUGCUUUAUAGAUGGCCUCCUUGGGGCUAAACCACAUUUGGGCACCAGGCAGGAAACGCUCCACAUAGGAUGGAGAAAAGACUGCUUUCUCCCUGCUCCUUCAUCAUGAUUUCUCCUAAACUAGACCAAAUAGCCAGAAAACUGAUGGGGUUUGAUGCAUGGGGUAAGCCCAAGAUUUGCACUUACUCCUCCAUCCUUACCUUUACCCCAUUUCCUCCAGCGUCACUCUCCUCUCCAGUCACCCCAGAUGGUUUUGGGGGAACCAUCCUCUCCUGGUGGGCUUUGGGGUAUCCCCACCAACAUUGCCUCCAAAAUAGCACCUUAUACCCCAUCUUUGACUCAGUUCCCCACACCCAAAGAUCCCAGCCUAGGGAUGGGGUGCAGGGACCUUAAAUAGUCCCUAAUCCCUAAUUUGCACUAGUUAACCCUGGUCAAGGGUCCCUAUGUUUCCUUCCAGUGGGGAAGAUGAAGAAAUGUUUGUUCCUAAUUCUCUUUGAAAACAGGCCUCCCUGCUGUAUGAUUGAAUGAACAUUUCCCAUUGUACCCACUCCCCCUCCCCCUCAAAACCAGCUCAUAAGGGGAGAGCCAGUUUGGGGGAGGGAGCAAAUUUGACAUGGGAAUUAGAGGAGUGUGACUUUAAAAAGGAGAAAAGCUGUUAUCAAAAUGGCGGCCUUUCUACCAGCUACUGUUUUCUGGGGCCAAGAUGGCUGCCCUCUGACCUACUAUGGAGAGGGCAAGAUCAUGGCUUUUGGAGGAUGUGAGUUUUGGAAGGCCAGGAGCGUCUUCCUUACCACUCCUGACCUCCCAGCAUAUAAGAAGGGGGAGGUUUUUGACAGGCUUCCUGAAUGUUAUCCACGGAGGGGUCACUCCAUUUUCUCCUCUGUCUCUUUGCACUUUUCUUGUUCUUGGCCACAGCCUGAGUGAAGAAUUUCCUACUGAAUGUACCAAGUUCCAAUUUUUAGGGGGGAAAAGGUUUCAAACAGGGAAAAAUGAAAAAGGAAAAAAAAUCACUAAAAAUUCCCACAAUCUUGUUUCUGGCACUUUAGAAAAACUGCAAAAAAUACAUAAUAAAGAAUACAUAUAUAUAUAUCUACACACAAAUUAUAUAUAUAUAUAUAUCUAUAUAUAUAUACAGCGGAACCACAAGAGAGACUGAGGAAGGCCUGGAGGUGGGACAGAUAUGAUGACAGUCCUCGUACCUUUACCUGCAUUCCUCUGAGGAAGUCAGGAACAGAAUGGAAGGGGUUGAAGAUGGACUGGGGUGUUUGAAUUUCAGAACAGAUCAAAAUUUCAAAACUGUGGACCUUUUAGCAGAAUUGAGAUUAUAGAUGUUUAUUUUUUUAAUAUGAUUAAGGAAAAUGAAUUUGGCAACAGAUGAGAUUGUGGUAAAGUAGAAAUUUAAAAAUAUGUAUUUGAGCUGGAAAGUUUGAAUAUCGUGAGUUUCAGGUGUUGAAUUGGGAUUUUGGGAUUUUGUCAUUUGAAAAUUAUCAAAUCUUGUAUGUGCCCUCUUUCCUCAUGUUCCUGGGAAGAAGGGUAAUAGAGUGGGAAGGCCACUGGUUCUGUACCACAGCACGCAAGAUUUAGAAUUCUACAGACUAGCUCUAUAUGUAGUGAGGACCCAGAUUUAGAGAAACUGACCAAUAUUUAUCUCUGCAUUUGUGUGUGUCCAACUCUCUAGGCCAAUAAACCAACAAGACAAAUGAACUGUGCUUACA